ACGGAAACGUUUAUCGUGUGGUAAGAAAUAGCCAAUCAACGUGCUACUUUUCCAUGAGAACUAAAAGUUUAUUAGCUACUGCGUCUACUCGUUUCGUGGUGAGGAAAUUAUAUUUAUGAAAUGUGGUAACUACCGCCGGUGAAUUGUGAUAAUUGUUUAAAAACAUUAUUAAACAUUGUAGGCCGAAAUGGCUAAUAGUGGUUGUAUUAAUAUAUAUUAAGAAAACAUCGGUUUCAUGACAAAAGUCCGAAUCAGUAUCUGAAUGGGUAUUUUAUUCCAAAGUAAGGUUAUAGAAAUAUCAUAAACGACUUGAUUACAGAAUUACAGGAUUUUAUAAUUGCUGUGUGAUAGGGUUUUAAUCUAUCUGUAUAUAAGAGACAAUUAUGGUACGAUAUUUCCUUAGAUUUUCGUACAUUGGUACACAAUACAGAGGUGUGCAGAAGCAAGUUUCUUCACCAUACGUACGGGAUACCGACACCAUACAAGGUGCUUUAGAAGCUGCUUUGCUAACCAUCGUGCCAAAACCUAUAAUUAGACCAAGUAUAAUACUUUCCAGCAGAACAGAUGCUGGAGUCCAUGCUUUAUGCAACACUGGUCAUGUAGAGCUUCAAAAUAAAUAUAACGUUUUAUAUAAGACAGAUGAAAUAAACAGAUUCGUUAAUAAUUACUUCAAUAAAUGCGGUCAUACUAUUAGGUUACUGGAAUGUACACCUGUCACGAAUGACUUUCAUGCAAGAUUCUCGUGUAAAUCCCGAACUUAUAUAUAUAGAUUUAUGAUACCUAAAGUACCUGAUGAGCAAAGAUUAUCCCUGGUAGAUACACAACAUACUUACUUUAUAAGAGAAUCCAAUUUCGACAUAGAUAGAGUCAAACAUGGCACAGAAUUGUUUAUGGGAAUAAAAGAUUUUACUACAUUUACUCCUCCACCUAAAACAAAUAAAGAAAUGGUAUACGUACGUUCCUUGCAUAUCUUUGCCUUGGAAGAGGCACAAACUUUAAUACCUUUUGAUCCGCUGUCCGAAAAUUUUAGAUAUUUUCAUUUUGUGUGUAAGGCGAAAUCCUUCUUGUAUAAUCAGAUCAGGCGAAUGGUCGGUGCUUUGAUUGCUUUAGGACGGAGAAAAAUAACAGAAAAAGAUAUCACUGUUAUGUUACAAGUUCCUUCGCAUAAUAAUUGGGAUCCACGUAUUACUCCUGCACUAGCAAGUGGUUUACAUCUUGUGAAUUUAGAAUAUGAUCAGGAGGAACUAAGUCGUUGUACCAUAUUGGAUGAUCAGAAAGUACAGUCGGAAGGCCUGCCGUCAGAGGAGCAAGAACUGCAAUUGGAAGAACAAAAGCAAGAACUAGCAAAAUAAAGAAAAGAAAAAAAAUAACAAUUUAUAGAAUUAUCAAUAUUGGAAUAAUUGAGAAAUAAUAUUUAAUUUUUUAUAUAAUGAUAACGUGAGUGUGUUAUUAGUUUGGAACAAUGUUAUACAGCGACAUGCAAGUGGAAGCUACUAUAUUGUUUCAGGUGCAAAUAUAUUUUAAAAGAAAAUAAUCAUCGAUCUUGGCACAAUG